AAGACUGAUGUGUUUUGGUCGAAAAUAAAAUGUUUUAGUUACUUAAAUUGUAAAAACACAUUUUUCCAAAAUUUCUGUGAAGGGAAACGUAGACUUUUGACUCAUUCAAUACGUAUAAGCCAAGGAAGCAAGAAAAUGGUGGAAGCCACAGCUGUUGUGCAUUUCAAGGUGAAUUUAGCUGGCACGCAUCUCGCGCCCUACGAGAUAGUCGGCGUGAUGGGCAAUCAAAAGGCGCUCGGCGAAUGGGAUGUACAGCAUGCGCCGCGUUUGAAGCGCACCGAGGACGACUACAGUGAGUGGUCGGCUGUUGUAGAGCUGUUCCAUGAGAAGCUGGUGCGUUAUCGCUACUUUAUCGGUGCGGUGGACAAGGCGACACAGAUUGUACAAGCGCGACGUUGGGAGAUACAAGAGCAUGCGCGUGAGAUCAAGUUGCUGUGCAAGGAGGUGGAGUGCAUCGAUAAGUUCGGUUGCAUAUGUCCAAAUAAACCGAAAGUGCGUAAAGCUUGGCUGAAUACCGGACAUGUGGUGCUCUUCAAGCUCUUCUUCAACGCAUUGGAGUUCAAAGAGAAGCUGCCCAUUGUGCCGGAGGAGGAGGUACGACUGAAGUUGGAGCCGGUCAAUCCGGAAUUGAUGUUACCCAUACUACCCUCGGCGCGUGCUUAUGCGCAGUACUCGAAUAUGCUCUACGGCGGCAGUCAAAUGAGGGAUCAACCUGAUUUGGGUGUGGUCUACAAUAACAGUACGCUGAUGUUUCAGGUGCUAAUGGUGGACAAAGCAAUGGUUGGUUACUUGCUCAAAUUGAAUUUGUCAAAUGAGUCCACUGGCUGCGUACAGCUGCUCGGUCAAAUGUAUAUACCGCCUGAGGCGUUGGACACGAGUGAGGGUCUGCUGACGGUUAGCUUUACGAAUAUCUCCAAUAAUGCUGAGGUGGCACGACUGAAACUCAAAUAUCUGGUCAUAAACGCCAUGCCAGAUUGGCAGGUUAAGUUGAAUACAACCUUCUUGCAAUAUUGGCCGCGUCGCUGGAGAGGCCUAGAUAUUGGACAUCGCGGCUUGGGUCGCAGCUUCAUUGCCGACAAGCCAGCGCCCAUAACUGAGAACACAUUGCGCUCCAUGCAGGCGGCGUACGAAGCAGGCGCUGAUAUGGUGGAGUUUGAUGUGAUGCUGACGCGCGAUUUGGUGCCCAUCAUUUUCCAUGACUUUGAGGUUAUGCUAUGUUUGAACGCGAUGAAGCCCCAAACCAAAGCGGAACUCUGCAUCAAGUCUGUGAAGGAUUUCACCUACGAGGAGCUGCAGUGUUUGAAAACUUACCGCAUUAUCAACGACCGGAUUGUGGAAUACCCAGCACCGUGCAGUCUCUGCGACGCGGAUGAGCGUCUCUUCCCCACACUUAAAGAGUUCUUUCUCAAAACAAACCGUUUUCUCGGCUGCAAUAUGGAAAUUAAAUGGCCACAGGCGUACUAUAGCGGUGGCGUGGAAAGUGUACAGACGAUAGAUAAGAAUCAGUAUGUAGAUGCCAUAUUGGCGGUGGUGAAAGAGGUCAGCUGGGGCCGUCUCUGCUGUUUCAGUUCCUUCGAUGCGGACACCUGCAUUAUGUUGCGUUUCAAGCAAAAUAUCUAUCCGGUCUACUUUACCGUCUCACAAGCGCUGCCGGAGUACUUGGAUCCGCGCACACAUUGUCUCCAACCGGCGGUGAAUACUGCACAAGCCUUCGACUUGAAUGGCAUUGCACCGGCCGCGUGCAUAUUCGAGAAUCAUCCCGAGACUCUGACGUUGGCAAGUCUGCAGAAGAAGUGGGUUUUGUUGUGGGGUGAUAAGUUGGGCGAACGCAACACCAUCGAGUGGUGCAAGCAGCAGGGCGUGCACGGACUGAUUUAUGAUCACGUAGAGUCGUUGCUACCUGUGGGCAAGCGGAAUAUUUUCGAAAAGGACGAGCGGUUGCAAAGGCUCUUCAAAUUACAACUGAGCUGUGGCUGUCGUUAAAUUUUGUUGUUUGUGUAAACUAUUUGUGCAUAUAGUGUUAGGUUUCAAAUGCUGUAAGGAAAAUAAAAUG